AUGGAGAUUGAGGGGGUCACCCAACACGAGGGCGCCCGUGAUGGCCACGAAAGCCCCAGUCCGCCUCCGCCCGAUAUCCAUCAAAACACGAAUAAUCACGACAACUCCGCCAAACAUACCCAACAACAUGUCGACGACUCCCCCACGCCCGAUUCAGAUCUUACCGACGACACGAAGCCUGUUCCCGCCGUCGACAAUGCCGCUCUCGACUCCGACUCUCCCCUCAGCUCCGAAGACGACUUAGAUUUAGGCGCGACUGAUCGCCCUUCGACACCACCUGCUACAAACUCCAAGAAGCGCAAGCUUGCCGAAUCUGCCUCAAGAUCACCAUCUGCACCGAAGCCUAUAUCGCCGCCAUGGAAGUCGUUCGCUGCAGAGGGUCCCACCACAAUCCUGGACAAUGGAAAGAGAAGAUCUGGUCGUGUCAAUGCUCCAGCCCCUCCUGUCUUUGAAAAGGCCACGCCAAAGUCAAAGAAGCCUGUCGCCAAGACAUCAGCAAGCAAAGGUUUGGUCUUGAAGAAUGCUCAAACUGCUCAACAGACAAUUCAGUCCAAGCCAAAGGAAACUCCUGUUCCCAAGCGCGAGAAGACUCCACCACGUCCAUCUCGUGUCUCCGCCCGGAUCAAGCUUCUCGAAGCCUCACCCGAAAUCGUCAAGAAAGAGGAACUUAUUCCGCCUUCACAAUCUCCACAAGCAAAGCGCAAAGCUGGCCGUCCACCCAAAGCCGAGGCUCAACCUUCGCAAGAGUCGCAACCACCUGCUUCGUCUGACAGCGCUGCCUUGACACCGCGGAUCAAGCUCAAGCUAAAGCGACCACAAUUCUCCUUUGUACCCCGUCAUCCGAGUCAUGUUGUCAAUCCGCCGUUGUUCCAGUCUUUCGACGACAUCAUCGCCCACUACGACCAAAAGAGCAAGGAAGCCACAGUCGAACAAGCACCCGAGGAGCGAGCUGAGAAAGAAGCUGUGGCACGCCUGAGAAUCUUAGAAGCUGCACAGCCGGGCGGUCCCCUGAGCGAGGAGAAAAGUUCACUAUACUUACCAGAUGAUCAGAAAGAGCCCGCGCAACAAUACAACCACUGGGACCAUCUAUGGACGCAUGGCGCCUUUUUCAGGUCUCUCAUGGACAAGGAGAAACGUGCGCAUAUGGACAGUGCCAAAAGAGUCGCAUACGCUUGCUUGGCGAAAUGGAAAGAGAGGCAACCUCAGACUGAAGAAGAGAAGGAGAAGCAAGAGAAUGAAUGGUACAAGCUCAUUUAUCGCCAGACUGUCAAGGACAUUCAACGAAAAUGGGAACUGGUUGGUGCCGAGAUCGAUCGCCGAAGGGCAUUGCGUUACGAGGAAGAGCAAAGGAUUGAACGAGAACUUAAAAUGCAGAGCAUGCUUGAGAAGUCGACAAAUCUCCUCGACAAACGCCGUGCACUCCUGGAUUCUGGCUUGUCUGUAGAUGGCGAUGACGACGAUGAUAUCAGUCUCAGCGAGGGUGUUUCUGAUGAUGGAGAAGGAUCGAAUACAUCUGUUCAGGACCUCGAUGAAGACCACCGCAUGACCUCGUCCGAAUCUGAAGGAAGCGAUGACGAGGAAGGCGAAGACGACGACGUCAACUUGUCUCCAGAAGCCUUACGUCGGAAAUACAGUAACAUACCAGACUUGCCGCAGGAACAAUCUGAGGAUGAUGCUAGCGACAUGGACGUCGAUGAAGACCAAGGUUCAGUAGCGGGAGACAUUAGGACAAAUGAUCUAGACGAAAACGACGAUGACGAGCCUGCGAUCGAUGACGCGGAAGAUAACGACAAACAUAUUCAAGAGGAGCGAGACUAUUCAAAGAUUCAGCUGGAUGAGGUGGAUGAUGCUCUUCUUGAUGACAGCGAUGAAUCUACCAAUAUGAGCGACGAAGAUAUGAGCGAUGAGGAAGAAGAUGAUGAGAACGACGAAGAAGAGGAGGGAGACGAGAGUGAGAGCGAAGAUGACGGCGGUCUGCUUGGCUUCUUUGGCGGACGCAAAGCUCUUGCGAAAGAUAUCCAGACAAUUUCAGGCGUUGAAGUGUCUGAAGACGCGGAGUCAAUCGAAGAGCGGCAAGAUGAGGAAGCUGAGAUCGCUCAAAUCAAUAACGAUCAUGCUGAACAAGCCAAGCCCAGAGAGACGAACGGCGUCUCUGAUGAGGACGCUGAUUCUGGAACCCAAGAACAACUCGGUCUGGAUGCGUCCGAAUCUAUGGAGGUUGACGAGAGCUCGGCUGUCGUGACGCCGCUCGAAGACGGCCUCAAGGUGCCCUCCGCCAAGCCUGCAGAGUCGCAAGACGGACUCGAGCAAGGAACGGUGGCCUCUGCGCAUCAAGAACAUCCGCAAUCAUUGUCAGUCGAUAUGGACAAUACUGAGGAUAUUGAACCUCACAAGCUUCACGCCCAUUCCCUUAGCCCUCAUCACAACAUGCUAUCAGCAGACUCGCACGCAGGUGACAGAAGCAGUCAAACAUCUCCCAAAGAUGACACCACCAUCGAACCCACUGAAGCCGAAUCCACCACUAGUGUUGAUCUGGACGAGGCUGACAGAAUGUCUGAAACUAGCGACACACCUCAGCCUGGGAAGUCUUCAAAGGUCAAAAUUCCUUCUCUGCUUAGAGGCACGCUGAGAGAAUACCAGCACGAAGGUCUCGACUGGCUUGCAAAACUUUAUGCCAACCAGACGAAUGGUAUCCUUGCUGAUGAGAUGGGUCUUGGAAAGACGAUCCAGACAAUCGCUCUCUUGGCUCACCUCGCGGAGGAGCAUCACAUCUGGGGUCCUCAUUUGAUCGUGGUACCCACUUCAGUCAUCCUCAACUGGGAGAUGGAGUUCAAGAAGUUCUUGCCGGGCUUCAAGGUUUUGUCAUACUACGGUUCUGUUGAGGAAAGAGCGCAAAAGAGAAAAGGCUGGAGCAAUCCCGAUAUCUGGAACGUUGUCAUCACUUCCUAUCAACUCAUCUUGAAGGACUUGCCGGCCAUCAGAGUUCCAGAGUGGCAUUAUAUGAUCUUGGACGAAGCUCACAACAUCAAGAACUUCAACUCUCAGCGUUAUCAGGCCAUGAUCAGACUCAAGACACAUGCUCGUCUGCUGUUGACUGGUACACCACUUCAAAACAGUAUCAUCGAGCUGUGGUCGCUUCUCACUUUCCUGACUGCUGGCCAAGACGGUCAAGGUAUGGGUGAUCUCGAGGAGUUCACAGAGUGGUUCCGCAGACCUGUUGACGAGAUCUUUGUUGACGGCAAGAGCAAGCUUGGCAACGAAGCUCAAGACAUCGUCAACAAGUUGCAUCACUCGCUUCGCCCGUACCUCUUGCGCCGUCUCAAGUCCUCAGUUGAGAAACAACUUCCAGGCAAAUACGAACAUACCGUAAUCUGCAGACUGUCAAAACGUCAACGUCAGCUUUACGAUGCGUUCAUGGGUCUUUCCGACACCAAGGCCAAGUUGACAUCAGGCAACAUGAUCAGUGUAUCACAAGCAUUGAUGUCGUUGAGAAAGGUGUGCAAUCAUCCAGACCUGUUUGAAGAACGUCCUAUCGUUACUUCAUAUGCCAUGAAGAAACCCUACACGCGCCAACCUCGGUCCAUUGCAGCAGACUUUGAGAUCACGGACUUGUUUCUGCGGAGGAAAAUGCUUUACGAAGAUCCUCAUGAGGUGCUUGACCUGAAUUUUCUCAGUCUUAACUUGACAAGCCGAGAAUCGAGAUCAAGGUACCAUGUCAGACGCAGCAAGCAACUCAGAGCUAGUAGGGCAAUGGAUCAGAUCGUACGCAGAGAAGUCGAGAGACUAGGGACCGCGUCUCUCGACAGUUCUUCGUUCACUUCAGUCAUUGGUAAACAGAAUCACAUGACUGCGAUGGACAAGCUGAAUCGCCUGCGCCAGUGCGCUUUCCUCACCGAACAGCGAACAGAGUUUGCUCCAGUCUAUGGCACUGAUCUUGUUGAGAGAUGUACGACAUAUACGACAGAUCGUCUGCGACAAUCACCUCCCCAAGACAAGGUCCUGCAUUCAGAGUGGUAUCUUGACUCUUCUUCUCUGAUCCACGACAUGGUCAAGAGCGUUGAUCAGCGAUCUGCAGCGAUGAACACACUCAUCCGCAAGUUUGCGUGCAUCACUCCCAAUGCCGUGGCCAACGACCUUCUGCCAUACAUGGUUCCACGCAACACAAUCUACAAUGUUCAGUCAAUUUCACAGUCUCCAGAGCCAGACGCUUUCCAUGAAUCGCGCGUGCGCCUAUCCAUCGCAUUCCCAGACAAGCGUCUACUCCAAUACGAUUGCGGCAAGCUCCAACGCCUCGCAGACCUCCUCCGCGAGCUACAGUCCCGCGGCUCCCGCGCCCUGAUCUUCACACAAAUGACCUCCGUGCUUGACAUCCUUGAACAAUUCCUCAACAUCCACGGAUAUCGCUACCUGCGCCUCGACGGUAGCACAAAGAUCGAGCAACGCCAAGACAUGAUGGAGCGCUUCAACCGCGACACGCGCAUCGAUGUAUUCAUUCUGUCCUCACGCUCAGGCGGAGUAGGCAUGAACUUGACCGGUGCCGAUACAGUCAUUUUCUACGAUCUAGACUGGAACCCGCAAAUGGAUAAGCAGUGUCAAGACCGUGCUCACCGUAUUGGUCAAACCCGCGAUGUGCAUAUCUACAAAUUUGUCAGCGAACACACUAUCGAAGUCAACAUCUUGCGCAAGUCCAAUCAGAAGAGAUUGCUCGAUGAAGUUGUGAUUCAAGAGGGAGAAUUCACGACUGACUACUUCAAUGCUCCUGCCGCGAGCGUCGACGACGAAGCUAUGGGCGAUGCUUUCGCAGGCGCGGCUGUGGAAAGAGUAUUCGGCAACAACGUCGGCGAACACAAUGUUCAGAAAGUGCUGGAGGCAGUCGAAGACGCAGAAGAUGUUGCUGCCGCCCAUGCCCAACAAAAAGAAGGUCAAGCUGACGACUUUGAUUUCGACGCUGCUGCCAAUACCAAUAACAAUACCACUGCAAACCCCAGCAGAGACUCUCGAACACCGAAAACGAGUGUGCCGCCUACGCCUGCUGAGCCUGCUGAUAUCAUGGACGUCGACGAGGCAGAUGCAGAGGAAGUCGCGCAUGUGGAUACUUAUAUGCUCGGCUUCUUGGACUGGGCACUCAAGGAUGUCAAAUACAUUCCUCCUCCUGACAAAAGCAGGAGGGGUAGGUUGGACAAAAACGGGAGAGAUCGAAGUCAUCGUCCGCGUGUACGAUAG